AUGGGCUCAGUUUUCCUCCCUAAUUUACGCACAGGGUGGCACGUUGAUCAAGCAAUCUUAUCCGAGGAUGACCGAGUAGUUGUGCUUCGUUUCGGUAGAGAAGAAGAAACACCAUGCAUGAUUAUUGAUGAAUUGCUAUUCUCCAUAGCUGACAAGGUGAAAAACUUUGCCGUUAUUUAUUUGGUCAAUUUGGAUAAAGUGCCCGACUUCAACUUUAUGUAUGAACUAGAUCAGAAUAAGAAUGAGCCGUACACUUUAAUGUUUUUCUAUCGAAAUAAACACAUGUUGUGUGAUUUUGGUACUGGUAAUAACAAUAAGUUGAAUUUCCCCAUUUACGAUAAACAAGAAUUGAUUGAUAUAAUUGAGACAAUUUAUCGCGGUGCAAGAAAGGGGAAAGGGUUGGUCAUAAGUCCAAAAGAUUACAGUCGAGCCGCAAAGAAUAUAUAG